GCGUUGCAGUCACGUAAGUGCGUUUGUGCGUCGGCAAAACGGCGAGUUAAGUCCUUAGUUGGAAAUUUAACUUCGCAAGCAAGCACAACUAUCAGCGAUAAGUUUAGAGAAACGUGUGAAAUCGUCGUAGAAGAAAUGACUUCUCAGAUCCGUCAAAACUUCCACCAUGACUGCGAGGCUGCCAUUAAUAGACAGAUAAACCUGGAGCUGUAUGCCUCUUAUGUUUAUCUCUCUAUGGCAUACUAUUUUGAAAGGGAUGAUAAAUGCUUGCCAAAUUUUGCAAAGUUUUUUCACAAUCAGUCCAAAGAAGAGGUUGUGCAUGCAGAGAAGCUGAUGACCUUCCAGAACAAGCGGGGAGGCAAAAUUUUUCUGCAAGACAUCAGGAAACCUGAUAGAGAUGAGUGGGGGAGUGGUGUGGAGGCCUUGGAGUGUGCCCUGCAGCUGGAGAAAAAUGUAAACCAAUCCCUGCUGGACCUGCAGAAAAUGGCAACUGACCACAACGACCCUCAUAUGUGCGACUUCAUAGAAACACAUUUUCUGGACGAGCAGGUAAAAUCCAUCAAACAACUCGCCGACUGGACCUCAAACCUACACCGGAUGGGAGCCCCUCAGAGCGGCAUGGCUGAGUACCUCUUUGACAAACACACCAUGGCUGAAGAGGGCAGUUAAAUUGAGGCACUGGUGAUCACGGGUGAUUCUGCUGCAUGCCUGCCAAAUACAGUACAUACUGCAUAUGUUAUAAAAGAAUGCUGCUUUAUUUGUGUUCAUUAGCUGUUAGCAGAGGCUGUUGCGCACACUGGAGUUGUGUAAUCCUCACCUCACACUACGUGCAGUGUGUAAAAAUAAAGAUUAAGCAGACCUUUAAAUCAUGCUAGUUAUGCAUUCAGGUUUCCUUACAUGUCAGGUUUAGGAAGAUUGGACCGUGACACUGAUAUGUUUUAGACUGUAAUAAUUUAAAUUACAUGCAUUGAAAAAUUGUUAAUCAACCUUUUUUGUUUGAGAAUUUAAAAAGCAAAGAGAAAUUCUGGUUUGUUAUCGGUUAUACCAGUGGUGUUUAAAAUUUUGUUACUGUAAAGUAAGGUAAAGGCACUUUGGACAGAGUUGGACCUACCAUGUGUGUCAUCACUACAUUACCUCUUAUUUAGCACUUAAGUCCAACCAUCUUGGUGCAUUUGUUGGCUUUUAUUUUUGUUGGCUGGUAUUAUUUGCAUUAAGGUUUUUCUGGCCUAUUCAGUUAUUUUAUUCUUUUUCUUUUUUUCCCAGAAUAUUUCUCUUAGUUUAACCACCAUGCACACAUAAAAGCCAAGAACCAUGUUUAUAGACCACUCCAAUAUAUUCUUGUUACAAUAUGUAACAAUACUAAAACACUGGUUAAUUUAAUUAUAUUUAUUAUUUUAUAGCUUGUGUGUGUGUGUGUGUGUGUGUGUGUGUGUGUGUCUGUUGUUUUCCAUUUGUCUUUAUUUUAAGAGAAACCUUUGGUUACUAGCACAACUCUAGUUCUCCUAAAACUGAGCUCUGUAUCUCACUGUGAGACGCCUUCUGCUUUGUCCAAUCAAUGAAACUCCACUGCCACUACGUCUGACUUAAACAGACCAGUCACCUCAAGAGCAUGAUGUAGGGCAGUGCGAUGAGAUAGCUCACAAGGCUGAAAUUGCAGCUAAAUGCACUUUAAUGGUGGAAAAAGCUGUUUGCCCAUCUAUCAAAUCCUGAAGGAAGCAUACUUGAAACAGAACACUGAUAGGGAAUUGUAUUCUUAGCUAUGAACUAUCUCUCAAAUAUACACCAUUUUUUAACAUGCCAGGUCCAGAGAGCUAACCGCUCUGGAUGCAGAUGAAGAAUCUGUGGCGCAGACAAGCUAGCUCUACCAUCCAUAAUUAUGAAUAACUUUGUACAUUUUUGUCCUUUUUUUUAAUGUCCCAUAAAAUCUUUCAGCUUGUUUUAUUUUUGACAGUUAAAUAAACAUUAAGAUGCAUAAGCAGUGAGACCUGUGAAAAUGUU